ACAGUCGCAUGGAGUUGGAAACGAGUGAAGGCAACCGUAAAGAGCGAGACAGGUCUUCUUCUCUCCCUUUCUCGUCGAUCUCAAUUUGAGCCAAAGAGAUAGAGGUCGAUCGAGAGAGUAAUCUGCGCGGAAGAUCCCUCGAUCGGGUGAGCGAGCAAGCGCAAAAAGCGUCGGAUUGACCUAUCGGGACCGCUACCAGAUCGUUUCCAGUCGGCUUUCGACGGCCCGGCGAAUUUGGGGGCGGGGCGUGGAAAAAAAUCGCCGCUGGAUUUCGAGGUCGAUUUAUGCUGUUUGAUCGAGGAGAAAACGAGCUCGGAGAGGUGGUUUUGGAAUCUCAUGAUCAUGGAGAUCGACUAGAAAUCUAUCAAGUACUUCACUAGAUGUCUAACAGAUAAGGCGAAAGGAAGAACAAUGAGCUCACACAAACAUUGGUUAUGAGUUUUUUCCUUUCCCUCUGAAGCACAUCCUUAAGACCUCACACUCUUGUUAUUCUCCGUAUUGAAGAUCUUGCCUUCAAGCAUGCUUAAGCAGAUACUAAGCCGGCUUCCGAAGAAGUCUUCGAAAUCGCUGGACAGUAGUUCUGUUGGUGGACCAAUUCCUCCAUCCUCAUCUAGCAGCUCAAGGAGUGGAGAUUUGCAAGCCAGUAGGUUCGCAAGUCUUGACGGUCAAGUCCCUCCCGGAUCAAGUUCUGGGCUAAAUCAUCUAAACAGGCAUUCGCUACUGGUUAAUUCUAGAUUAGAUGGAAAUUAUGCCAACUAUGAAGCUCUGCCGAGUUUCAAGGAUGUUUCAGCUUUGGAGAGGCAGGGUUUGUUCAUGAGGAAGUUGGAGUUGUGUUGUGUCGUGUUUGACUUUACUGACCCGACGAAGAACUUGAAAGAGAAAGAAAUAAAGCGGCAGACAUUGUUGGAGCUUGUUGAUUAUGUGACUUCAGGAAGUGGAAAGCUACCGGAGAAUGCAAUUCAAGAGGCAACCAGGAUGGUGUCAACCAACUUGUUCAGAAAUCUAGCUCUUCCACCUCGGGAGCACAUGGUUUUAGAAAAAAUCGAUGCUGAAGAAGAAGAACCUGCAAUGGAUCCAGCAUGGCCUCAUUUGCAGGUUGUCUAUGAGUUCUUUCUUCGGUUUGUUGCAUCUCCUGACACUGAUGCUAAGGUAGCAAAAAGGUAUAUAGAUCAUUCCUUUGUUCUUAAGCUCCUUGACCUCUUCGAUUCUGAAGAUCCUAGAGAGAGGGACUAUUUAAAGACGAUACUUCACCGUGUUUAUGGCAAAUUUAUGGUGCAUCGGCCCUUCAUCAGAAAAGCUAUAAACAACAUAUUUUAUCGAUUUAUCUUCGAGACCGAGAAGCACAAUGGGAUCGCAGAACUAUUGGAGAUUUUAGGGAGUAUCAUCAGUGGGUUUGCCUUGCCAUUAAAAGAAGAGCAUAAGCUGUUCCUGGUACGCUCACUAAUCCCACUUCACAAGCCAAGGUGUGUCGCAAUGUAUCAUCAGCAGUUAUCAUAUUGCAUAACACAAUUUAUCGAGAAGGAUUGCAAACUUGCUGAUACUGUUAUAAGAGGUUUAUUGAAAUAUUGGCCAAUUACAAAUAGCACAAAAGAAGUUAUGUUCUUGGGUGAGUUAGAAGAGGUGCUAGAAGCAACACAGCCUGCAGAUUUCCAGCGAUUUAUGGUUCCACUCUUCCAAAAGAUUGCUCGAUGCUUGAAUAGUUCUCACUUCCAGGUGGCAGAAAGGGCAUUGUUUCUUUGGAAUAAUGAGCAUAUCGAGAACUUGAUCAAACAUAAUAUCAAGGUUAUAUUACCUAUCAUCUUUCCUGCUCUGGAGAGAAACUCAAAGAGCCACUGGAACCAAGCUGUUCAGAGUCUCACCCUCAACGUGCGCAAACUAUUAUCCGAUCACGACCCCGAUCUGUUCGCAGAGUGCUUGAAGAAGUUCGAGGAAGAUGAAGCAAAACACAUGGAAAUCGUUUCAAAACGCGAAGCCACUUGGAAGCGCCUCGAAGAAGUUGCUGCUUCGCAUACUACAAACAAGGAAGCGGCAGCUCAACAUACUUGAUCUGACACGGUUGCAGCUCUCGGUAUGGAUGCUGCUUCUACAGAUAAUUUGGCAUUCAGAAAAGUGUAGGGCUGAACUGUGCAUAAUAAGAUGUGCUUAAGAAACAAAAACAAGUUGCAGCAUUGUUCGACAUGCAGGAUUUAAGGGUGGAUCUUAUCUCAUCACUUCCUGUUUUCUGAAUUGUUCAUGGAUCGUUUUGUAUUCUUUUUUUAUAUCGGAGCAGUUUUUAUUUCUUGUAAAUGGACCCUAGUAAAGGUCUCGACUGAUGGUGUGGUUAAGGUCGGUAUUAGUGUUGACAAAUGAGAAGAUACUCUGUUUCUAUUUAAUAAAUUAUAAAGGUUAAGAUA